AUGAGCUUUAGCGCGGAUGGUCCAGCAAACUCGCCGUGCGGGGUACUGUCGCCCUCCAAAGGGUCUUCGCGCAGGUUCAGAUCACGCAGCAACUUAGACUGGCGAGCUCGGCAUAGACCCGCACUGGAGCUGCGCGUAAGAGUGACGGGUUACAGCCAAUUCGCCGAGAAGGGUAUCAAGGCAGCCAAUGCGAAUGGUGACAAUUUUCUGGAGGUGCCGUGGAGAGGAACGGAUGUCGUCAUGCAUAUCAUGAAGCGCCUCGAAGAUAAACUAUGCAUCCCUGUCAUGUAUUGGCGACUGGCCGCGGACGGCAUUGUCUUCGAUCCCAUAACGCCUGUAGCCGUCCAUCCAUUCUUUGAGGCAAAGAAGAUUGUUGGCGUGGCUUUCGUCCCAGAUCUUGUCCUCGUUCCAACUCACGUGGUCGAAGAGUAUGUCACCCAACACCUUCCCUCAGGGACCCAACACCAGUGGAAAGCUUUGCCUUCGAGCUCUACAGCUUCAUUUGACCUGCGCGAGCGUGCUACGGCGCUUUUUAAUCUAAUAAGGCCUCACGAAUCAGCCUCUUGGGAAGCGUACAUUCGGCAGCGCACACAUGCUGAUAGCAUUUUACGCGCGACACUCGACAAGUAUACGGGAAUACCACUUCAUCCUCUCCUUGUCCAGAUUCACGACGGUGUCAAGUCAACACUUUCAUCGACGUCUUUACGUCUUGAUGAGCAGUCUGCUGUUGCAGAUGGCGUCGUCCCCCUCUACUUCAACGUGGUAGAGUCCGACGAUACGAGACCGACUACAUUGUUUAGUGAAGCUGAGGUGCUGACGCGAAUUUACUCGCCCACGACAUCUGCUGCAGUAGACGUGCAUCUGAAGUACGUUGAUGAAACGCCCAAGGACAGAACCGACUACAGCUUUCGCGUCAUCUAUCGCAUUCACGCGCCGGUUAUACGUACCGCCGUUGCUCAACACGAAACAUACCCGGCGGUAGGGCAGAAUGGAUGGCUUCUGCUGUUUGAACUCGAGCUUGACGCCAAGAGCGUCCCCGAGAACAAGUGGGGCCCACGGCCUGCGGACGUCAAAAAGCUACAUGAGAGUCUGCUCGGUCCGCCGCACGAAGAGCCUAAUGCUCUCGUCAAUGCGAUGGACGUAGGGGACACCAUGUUUUUGCUGCUGGCAGCGGUGGGCAUGUCUGCUUCUAUCCCCACAAGUAAAGAGGCCGUCAAGAAUAUCAGCCUCGCGAGUGAGACGGGCCUCUGGAAGGUUUGCGAUUCUCAUUGGCUAGGGAGGAGUAUUCGCAGGGCAUGUGGGAGUACUACACAAGACACACAGUAG